UGGAACAUUUUCAGCCCCGACUCCUAGUCUGUACAUAAACGAGCCCUCCUCAUUUUAUCUUCACACUCAAAGUUACAUAAGACUGUUUGAGAGAUUGUGCCUUCUUCGUUGCUCUCAAAUCUUUCAUAUUUUUUUUUUCUUUCCAAGUCUUUUUGAUGGGCUCCGAAGCUCGCGCCCUUCGCAUCCUCUUCUUUCCCCUCAUGGCCCCGGGCCAUAUGCUUCCCAUGGUUGAUAUGGUGAAGCUCUUUGCCGCCCACGGGGUGAAGGCCACCAUCCUCACCACCCCUGGCAAUGUUCCUCAAAUCCAACCAUCCAUUGAUCGUGCCAACGAGUCUGGAUACCGUUAUCCUAUCGAGAUUCUCCUUGUUCCCUUCCCAAGUGUGGAUGGUCUACCUAAAGGGUGCGAAAACCUAUCCUCCGUUCCGCAGGACUUGCAUUUUCAGUUCGUUAGAUGUUUCGAGGGCCUAGGAGAGCCAUUUGGUAAUAUCCUCAAACAAACCCUUCCCGAUUGUCUUGUGACUGAUAUGUUCUUCCCGUGGACCGCUGAUGUGGCGGAGGAGCACGGGAUACCAAGGCUCCUCUUUCACGGGUCAAAUUUCUUUUCGCAAUGUGUCUCAGAUAGCAUUGCGAAGAGUAAGAUUCUUGAGAGUCUUUCGCUCGACGAGGAGUCUUUUGUCGUCCCUGGCCUCCCGCAUAACAUCAUAUUGCGUAGGCCUAUGGUACCUGAUUUCAACAAAUGGGCGCCACCCUUGGCUGAGUUAUUCCAAAAGGUUAAAGCGUGCGAACCGAAGAAUUAUGGCACGGUGAUGAACACUUUCUACGAGUUGGAGCCAGAGUAUGCUGACUAUUAUCGAGACGUGAUGGGUAUAAAAGCUUGGACCAUAGGGCCUUUAUCUCUAUGCAACAAGGAUAUCAUCGACAAGUCUAUAAGGGGAAAGGAGACAUCAAUGGACAUUGAGUUUUGCUUAAAAUGGCUCGAUAGCAAAAAACCAUGUUCCGUUGUUUACGUUUGUUUCGGGAGUCUGACCGAUUUCACAACAUCACAACUUCAAGAGAUAGCAUUAGGGCUUGAGAGAUCAAACCAUCCAUUUGUUUGGGUGGUGAGGAUGAAUAACAAAGAAUGGAUGCCUCAGGGAUUCGAGGAUCGAGUUGAAGGAAAAGGUCUGAUUAUAAAAGGAUGGGCUCCACAGAUAUUGAUACUGAAUCACGGAUCAAUUGGAGGCUACAUGACACACUGUGGUUGGAAUUCAACUCUGGAGGGAAUUAGCAUAGGCUUGCCAUUCAUUACAUGGCCUAUAUUUGCCGAACAAUUCUACAACCAAAGGUUAAUUGUCGAUGUGCUUAAAAUUGGGGUUGAAAUUGGAAUGAAAGCAUAUGCACCAAACACUGAAGAGAGGGAGGUCAUAGAGGCGGCGAGGGUAGAGAGAGCGAUCAACGAGUUGAUGGGCAGCGGAGAUCAGGAGGCGGAAGAGAGGAGGAUGAGAGCGAGGAAGCUCGGAGAGAUGGCAAAGAAGGCAGUGGAGAAGGGAGGAUCGUCUUACGAUGAUAUGGAUAAUUUGAUUGCGGAACUAAUUGAGAGGAGGACUGCGAUUUAGUGAUUGCCUUUUGAGCCUAAAAUAUUUUUCAUUUACCUUGUACUUCAAAAGUUCCAUGGACUAAUAGUUCAAAGGGAGCAUUUAAGCAUGAUGGAUGUUGUGAUAAAAUUUGUGUAUUUCAUAAUCUGAUUGUAUUACCAUUGAUCAAAGUCUGACAGAUAAAAUGAAUGUUGGGUAUUAUUUUCUA